AUGCCGGUCGCCACACGGUCGCAAGCCAGCGCCACCCGCGGCGGCGACCGCCCAUGGAGCUCGUCGGCGGCCCCGCGGCACGACGGCGGCGCGGCGCGGCGCCCGCCGCUCCUGGCCAACACGCACCACGACCUCAAGGAGAAGCUGCGCGACCUCAGCCUCAUGUACGAGCAGCAGGUCGCCUGCUCCCAGGGCGCCGCCGCCCUGCGCCGGAGCCGCAGCAUCCAGCCCGCCAGCGCCAGCGUCGCAGAGGGCAGGGACGACGAACAAGGGGAGCGCCACCGCCGCGGCCACGCCUUUGAGGAGGCCGCGGUGCUGAGGGAAAACAUAGCCCCUCCGGAGGCGCGAGCCCCUUCCAAGAACGACAACGUCGUCGUCUUCUCGCGCCCGCCGGCGGAGCCCAGGGAGAAGGAGAACGUGCCCCACGCCCCCAAUUUCAUGUCCUGCCCGGCCAAGAAGCCCAUGCCGGCUCUCCCGGCGCCGGCGGCGAGGAAGCUCUCGCUGGGAGGCGGCGUCGGCGGCAAGCUGAAGGCUAUAGGCGAGACGGGGGCUGGGAAUGCCGACGCGAUGGGGAGCCGGAUCCUGGUCUUCGUCAGGCUCCGCCCCAUGUCAAGGAAGGAGAAGGAGGCUGGAUCCAAGACCUGCGUCAAGAUCGUCAACAAGAAGGACGUCUACCUAACCGAGUUGGCCUCAGAGAACGACUACCUCCGCCUCAAGCGGGUGCGCGGCCGCCAUUUCUGCUUCGACGCCUCCUUUCCUGAUUCCACCACGCAAGCCGAAGUCUACAACACCUCAACAGCAGAUCUUGUGGAAGGUGUUCUGCAAGGGAGGAAUGGAACAGUAUUCUGCUAUGGAGCAACAGGGGCUGGGAAGACCUAUACCAUGCUCGGGACGAUAGAAAACCCUGGCGUAAUGGUGCUCGCCAUCAAGGAUUUGUUCUUGAAGGUGAGGCAGAGGAGCCAUGAUGGCAGCCACUCGAUUCAGCUGUCGUACCUCGAGGUCUACAAUGAGACAGUAAGGGACUUGCUGUCUCCUGGUAGACCCCUCCACCUGAGAGAAGAUAAGCAGCAGGGAACUGUUGCUGCUGGUCUUACACAAUAUAGAGCAUACUCUACAGAUGAAGUUAUGAAAUUACUUCAGCAAGGUAACCAGAAUAGAACAACUGAACCAACUAGAGUUAAUGAGACAUCAUCGCGCUCCCAUGCAAUACUGCAGGUUGUGGUGGAAUAUAGAUACAUGGAUGGACCUAGUGUUGUAACACGAGUCGGAAAGCUCUCACUCAUAGAUCUUGCUGGAUCAGAGAGAGCUCUAGCAACUGACCAACGCUCACAGAGGUCGCUUGAAGGAGCUAACAUAAAUCGCUCUCUCCUUGCACUCAGCAGUUGCAUCAAUGCUCUUGUGGAGGGGAAGAAGCAUGUACCAUAUCGCAAUUCCAAGCUAACUCAGCUACUCAAGGAUUCCCUCGGGGGGUCCUGCAACACUGUGAUGAUUGCAAACAUCAGCCCCUCGAAUCUUUCCUUUGGUGAGACACAGAACACUCUUCAUUGGGCUGACCGUGCCAAGGAGAUAAAAACCAAGGCAGUGACUGCUGGGAACGAGGAGAUAUUCAAGGCAUCUGAUUCUGAUACUGAGCAGGCAAAGCUAGUCCUGGAGCUCCAGAAGGAGAAUAGUGAGCUGAGGCAGCAGGUGGUUAAGCAGCAACAGAAGCUACUGACUGUUCAGGCUCAGUCACUUGCUCCCAACACCACACCACAACAAUCUGCCGCCCCCUCAUCUCAUGUCACCACGCCCUGCUCAACACAGAGAAAGGCAAAACGGUCUAUCUUAGACGGGAGCUGUUUCAGCACACCAAAUGCUAAGAGGCCAGCAGACAAUGCACAGGUCCGAGAUCUGCAGAGAAAGGUGAAGACCCUGGAGGCCGAGAUCGAGAAGAUGAAGAAGGAACACUAUCUGCAGCUCAAGCAGAAGGACGAGUUCAUCCGUGGUCUGAUCAACAGGAAGAACCCAAAUGACCCUGAAGCAGCAACAGCUGAGAGAAGAGUGAUCACAAGGGCAAGCAUACGGAAGGCCCACAAAGAUGCAGCAGCUGCAGGCGAGUUGAAGAGCCCAAGCCACCGGUUCACGUCGCCUACGCCAACUGCUAAGAAGCGUACCUUCUGGGACUUUGGAGGCGAUAGCCCUUCAGUUCUUGCUGUCAAUGGAAGGAAGACUCGGAGCCAUGUAGCAGCUGAGACUCCACCGAGGGCACCUUCAAUGCUACUUCAGCCGGGAUUCUCGCGUCAAAGAGCCUAGCACUGAGAUCGCUAGGAUGCUCAAGAGAUGACUGCAUACAGCGGAUAGAGAUGUUCAUAUCUUGAUUUUUUCGUUCGCUAUGGUAAUGGCAGUUUGUCAUUUCCAUGUAUUUAUUGAUUAAAUUCAGUUUGCCUCGGCUAACUGAACCAGCAUAGAGUAUUAGCACCUAAGUCCAUUUAAAUUAUUGGACAUGAGCUGACUUAUUUGUAGAGUCACAAUCUUUCCUUUUACUGAAGUUCAAUAUUUUCCAUUUGAAAUUUUGGCAAAACCUGGCAAUCUUACCCUUGCUUUAAGGGAAAUAUGAAGAAUCUUGUGAAAGCUGAAGGUGUA